UUGGUUGAAGAAAAUAAGAAUAUACAGAUGUCUUUCGACAAGGAACAUGAAGAAAAUGCAUAUUUGAGGUCUGAAAUAAUAUCCCUUCAUGAAGCAUCAGAAAAAGCACAGGUUUUGAAUGACCAACUGACUAGAAAGUGUUCAGAGCUGAACAGAAUGCUUCAGACUGUUAGAAUGCAAAAUACCAGAAUCAUUGCUGACCACCAAGUCAUUCUGCAGGAAGAACAGAAAAUGAUGACACAGACAUUUCAAGAACAAAACUUACUGCUGGAUGCUGCCCAUGCCGGUAGCACAAGUGAGCUACAGACUGUUCAAAAUGAGAAAACACAACUCCAAAUGCAUCUAUAAAAGUUAAGCAGCUAAAAGAACAACUACAUUCUUUUACUGAAA